AUGACGACUGAAAGUGAACUGAUUUUUUCCCCAGAACGAACAUCAAACAAUUCAUUUCAUAUAUUUUCGAGUAAAAAAGCAAGUCGUCGUGGUGCAGCAUUACAUCAACCACCAAAACCUGUGUCAUGCCGUGUCUUUCGAUACUUCACACCUGCCGCUGCCAUUCGUCCAUCGAAUGCUGUGUCAGUUAGUACAGAUUCUUACGGUAUAGCAUUAGAAAGUCCUUUUUACACCAAAUCCAUAACGUCGACAUAUUGGGAUGAAUGUUUCGAACAUCUCGAAUGCAUCGGACGUGGAUCAUUUGCUGAAGUUUACAAAGUUCGUAACAAAGAAGAUAAUCAGUUGUAUGCAAUUAAACGAUCUUUGACUAAGUUUCGUGGGAAAUCAGAUCGGGAUCAUAAACUGAAAGAAGUGCGUUUUCACGAAGCACUCGCUACACAUCAGAAUAUUUUGAAAAUUAUUCGUGCCUGGGAAGAACGCGAACGUUUAUAUAUCCAAACAGAACUUUGUGAAAGCAACUUAUUAGAAUAUGCUGCUGAACAUUCAAUGACUCAACCAAUGAUUUGGCAUUUCCUGUAUCAAAUUAGUCAAGCUCUGGAUUUUCUUCACUCAUUAUAUUACGUUCAUAUGGAUGUAAAACCUGAAAAUAUACUCAUUACAAGUGAUGGCAUUCUUAAACUGUGUGAUUUUGGUAUUGUACAUGAUCUACGAAGUGCAUCAACAUUGGCACAAGAUGGCGAUGCGCGUUAUCUUGCAUUUGAAGUUCUUUCAGGUACAAUAACCACAGCAGCUGAUGUCUUUAGCUUAGGCAUGGCAGCACUUGAAUUAGUUAGUGAUUAUGAUAUGCCUGUAACAGGCGAUCUUUGGUCAGAUAUUCGUGGAGCCAACAUUCCAGUAGAAAUCAUUUCAGUGUUAACUGAUAUGAAAUUAAAGGAACUUUUACUUCAAAUGAUACAUGCAGAUCACAAAUUACGUCCGUCGGCUAAAGAAGUUCUCAAUAGUCCAACGAUUCGUGAUCAAAUAUGUCAUAUGCCAUCACCGUUUGCAUUUAAUCAACACCGUCAUGAACAUACUGUUUCAUCAAUUGGUGGAACUGAUUCACCAGCUAGUCAUGGCUGUCGAACACCAAUUAAAAAACCCAAACGACCACCAAAUUACGGUGGUUAUCAUGAUGAACUUUCAGAUGAUGAAUUUCGACUUCAUUCGAUUCAUGAUAAGUCUCGAUUAACGCCUCCACCACCAGUUGUUGGUGAUCCACUUCGAGUUCGUCUGUUUCCUGGUGAUUCUGAUGAAGAUAUCAAUGAUGAUCAUAUCUAUUUUCGAAAGUCUCCAGUUCAAUUCAAAUUUGACAGUAGUGGAACUGAAGAUUAA